AUGCUGCAACCCCGUUUCUUCGCGAGGGCGCUGCAGCUUCCCUACCGAUGCCUUUCGACAUUCAACGCCCGGUCGUAUGCGACCGUUGUCCAAGAAACCGAGACGCCGCCUGUCCAGGAAUCAUCCUACGACCCAAGCAUCACAUUUGCUCCUCCGCCGACUCGAGGUGAAGUCGGAGUUCUUGUUCGAAGAUACAAACCCCGAACUCCUGGUCUUAGACACUUGCGGAGACCUAUCAACGACCAUCUGUGGAAAGGCCGUCCUGUGCACAGAUUGACCUUUCCCAAGCGAGGCCAGAGCAAAGGAGGCCGUAACCACACCGGCCAUAUAACUGUACGCCAUCGCGGUGGUGGACACAAACGUCGAAUUCGCAUGGUCGACUUUGCCAGAGAUACGCCCGGCCCGCAUGUUGUAGAGAGAAUUGAACAUGACCCGGGUCGUACAGCACAUAUCGCUCUGGUUAGGUCGAAAGUGACGAGUAAAUUGAGCUACGUCUUAGCCGCUGAUGGCAUGCGAGCCGGCGAUGUUAUCCAAAGCUAUAUGCCUGGCAUUCCGGAUGACUUGUGGAAGAGCAUGGGAGGUGUGAUUGAUCCUGGUGUCUUGGCUGCACGAACGGCAUGGAGAGGCAAUUGCCUACCUCUACACAUGAUACCUGUCGGCACGCUAAUAUACAAUGUUGGUCUGCGACCCGGAAAGGGGGGCCAAUUAUGCCGAAGUGCUGGAACAUUUGCAACGGUUAUUGCCAAGGGGACCGAGCAGCAGAAGAACGAGGAACGCAAACAGCAGCUUCAAGCCCAGUCUGGUGAGACAGUUGAGGAAAAGAAGCUUACACAGCGCGAAAGACAAAAGGCAAAACGCGAUGCCGAACAUGUAACGAUUCGGCUUCAGAGUGGUGAAGUUCGCUUGAUUCACAAAGACUGCUGCGCGACAGUCGGAGUUGCAAGUAAUCCCAACUACCAGUAUACCCAGCUCGGAAAAGCUGGUCGUGCUCGUUGGCUCGGUAUUCGCCCGACUGUGCGAGGUGUAGCUAUGAAUGCCAUGGACCAUCCUCACGGUGGUGGACGUGGUAAAUCCAAGGGAAAUGUUGACCCUAAGAGUCCUUGGGGUAUUCCGACUAAAUCCGGUUACAAAACUCGACCCAAAUGGAAAAUCAACAAAGCUGUCGUUGUUCCUCGUGUGCGUAACCAGGGAAAGCGGCGUAGAGGCUACAACUAA